UCCAAACAAUCCCCUACCAAAUCCGCGGGACGCAACGGAACGAUUUGGCGGGAAUUAACGUGUCUUCCAUCCACGUUAGCUCCAGUUCAUCAUUCCCGCCAAAAAAAACCCUAAUAUUACUCUUUCUAUCUGCCUCGGCCCUCUUCACCUACGCCGAACAAACUUCACUCUAACAAAUCUCUCUCUUCCUCCUCUCUCUCUCUCGCUCUCUUCCAACAAUGAGCUCCUCAGAUACUUCACAGUCAAUCCCCUUCAAAUCCAAGAAGCCACUCCACUUCAAACCCAAAGUGGAAACUUCCAAUCCAAAGCCAUUGACAACCAAAACCCCGGAGAAGCCGUCACCUUUCCUCCGGCGGGCCCGUAACAGUGGCGUGGCCCUCUCUGUCAAAGAAGUGCGAAAGGCUGCCCAAACACGAACACGGUCGCAACCGCAGCUGACGGACGAGAUUGAAUCUGCCAAACAGCAGAUUGGGUCAUGGCCCACCAAACAAUCCCCCGUAAAAUCCGCUCAUGGGUCCAACAAAUUGCCGGAAAAGUAUAGGCAGUUGGCUGAGUUUUUUGAUAGCUUGGAUAGUGCGAUCAGGUUAUUGAAAUUGAAGCGAUCCAUGUCUACUUUCACCAAUAUUUGCCCUAAGAUCGAGUGUUUAACUGACAGGAGGUUCUCACAUGGCCACUUGGCUCAGUUGAAGUUUAUACUUCCUGAAGCGAUUGAGAUAAAGAAAGUGCUGAUGUUUGAUGAGAAGACUAGUUGUAUGAAGCCGGAUCUUCAUGUGACAAUAAAUGUUGAUGCGGUUGAAUGCGAUGGCAGGUCAAAAUCUGAUAGCAAGAACAUGGAUGUGAGGAAGGUAUUUCGUGCUCGGCUUAUGGAUUUUAUUAAAGGCCACCCUGAGGGCGAUGAAGUUCCGGAGGAAGCAUUGCCAGAGCCAUUCAAUCGUCCAAUGAUAAAUGUGCAUUCAGCAUAUAAUGAGAUAUCGAUUCCAUCAUCCUCAGAGCAAAAACAAGCAAUAUCAGCUAUCUACUCCAAAGAUAUGCCUUUAAAAGUAAUCAAAGCUCCUGGCAUGUCAUUGGGCGUGGAGACGUCUCGUGUAAUUACAAAUCAGCAACCAAUUGUAGCAUCUCAUCUGUCUCAAUCUUUCAGAAGGCAAUUUUCUAAGCCGCUUACAAACAAUGAUGCAGAUCAAACUGACGUUCAGCAAAAAUUAUCAAAGACUUCUGAUGAAACUUUGAUUGUUCCAGUUCUAGAGCCAUGCAUUGACAAUAUUUCCCCAAGUGAGGAAACUAAAGGUUCUGCUACUUCCCAAAUUAAAUCAUCAUCUAUAUCAAUCAACAGUGACAAAUGCAUGUCACGUUGUGAAUCAACAUCUCAUUUGCUACCAGGUCCCCUCCCUGCAACUCCAAUGAAAGUGACAGACACUGUUGAAUGUAAAGAUGAUUCUCUCAUAAAUAUUGAUGGCCUUCAGUCCACUCCUGCAAAACUUGCUUCUACUCCGGCUAGGCUGAUGAGUUCAACACCUUCAUUAAGUACACCAAAAAGGAGAUGCUAUAUGACCCCAGAAGAUGUUUCUGCCAGCACACCAAACAAGUUAGUUAGGCGUCCACAACGUAGCAGAUCAUUGAAAUUUGACACUCCUGUGAAGGAGAAAGUCAAUGAUGAGGACAAUGAGAUAGAAGGUGCAUCAGUUGAUGAUGAUAUUCUUGGUAUUCUUCCUGAGAAUCUUAUUCAAUCGAUAAGAGAAAAAGAGAGGAAGACCAUGGAGGAGCGUGAUCCUGCAAUUUCUCAAGCGAAGAGGCGGCGACAGAUGAUUGCCUGCCUGCCCAAGCUCUUCAACAUGAUUCAUUACUUAUUUCAGUCUAUAAAACGUUCAGUGAUCACUAAAGAGGAGCUUAUUUACAAGAUAAUUUCAAGCCACUGUGAUAUAGUUGAUAAAAGAGAAGUUGAAGAGCAGAUGAGCUUGUUGUUGGAACUAGUUCCUGAAUGGAUUUCUGAAAAAGUGGCAUCUAGCGGUGAUUUGCUUGUUUGCAUCAAUAAACUGUCAAGUCCAGAAACCAUUCGGGCACAGCUUGAAGAAGCAAAAUGAAUGGAGUUGUUUAAGAUUAUUAACUUAUUGCAGUGUCUUGGGAUAAGGUGUAUAAGAUUCCCUUGCAUUGCGCCUUUGUAAAUGUUAAUCUAUAUUUUAUGUGCAAGCAAGUCUCCAUAGAAUAGUGCUAGUUUGUUCGGCACUGGGGACGCUCUUAAGCGACUAACAAACAGUGAAAAUCCUUGUUCUUCAGUUGUUGCACCUUCCAUUCCAGUAAAAAAAAAAAUUAUAAGCAGAUACGAAGGAUUACAUUAUUUCCAAUAGAUGGUAGAUCAAUUAAAAAUAAAAGUUUCAUGCAUUUGGAAGAAAUAUUUUUCUUAUAAGCACAUUGUUCUUUAUGAGUUCCAUCUAUGGAGGUCUCAUUUUAGAAUUUGACAAUUUGAACUGUAAGUAUAUAAUAUUGUAUUAGUAGUACAAUUCUAGUUUUCGUUUGGUCAUUACAAUUGCACAAGCAGUGAUGUCAAUAUCAUUAUGUACCAUGUCCAAUUGAUAAAAUCAUAUCUGAUCAUUAUGUUGUAACA